AUGGCGUUAAUUCAACGAUUCGGCGGAGCGUGCGGCUCGGGCCGGUUACCUCGUGAUGCUGGGGAGUUCUGGUUCAUGCGAGAUGGAGGGCCAACUUCUUAUCGUCUCGAUGGGAGAUGCUCGCUGAAGGAAAACUUUUCCAAAGAACAUCCACAUGUUGUGAAAGAGAAAGUUUGUGGGACGCAUCCACGCACCUUAUCGGAGCCUCGCAGAAGCCUUCUGCGCCUGACCGCCUUCCACGCCUGAUUUGUGUGGAAGAGUGUGCCAGGCAGUGAAAUUCCAUUUGCAGGGAUGCUUCGAAAACGGGGGCAAACAAAUUUUAUUGUCUUCGCCUGAAGAGACGCGGCUGAUGAAGCGAGCGAAGGUAGGGAAAACUUGAAGGCCACUUUCAGGUGGCAGCAGGCGGGGGGUGUUA